AUGACUGUCGUGCGCAAGUUCAGUAGGAAGAGUUCGCGACCCUCGACAACAAUUCGACACGGAGUACUCCUGUCCCGGCACACUCGACGGAAUGUCUUGUUCUCUCCGAAGUGUAAUACUGGAGCUCAGCUAGCACGGCUCCGGAAAGGUUUGGUCAAGAGGACCCAGAAGAUAGACCAGCAGGUGUCGUCUCCCAUUCGAAAGGAGAGCAGGCCGCGCGCACCCUCGACGAUUCCGGCUGCACCUGUUCCCCUUCAUAACACGAGAAAGGUCUCUACAUUAGCCAUUCCCCAGUCUGGCGGUGCACCCGUCCGACGCUAUCAACUUCGCGAAGUGCUCGGCGUUCUCCAUCACCAGUCUGUAUCCCUUCCACAGUCCACUCGCUCAUCCAGAAUCAAGGCAAAUGACAAGAACCCUAACAUUCCACUUUUCAAGCGCCUGGACUUGGUUCCCAGUGCAGACACAGCCUGUGAGGACAACAGCCGCAGAUACACAUAUAGGAUUUCGAAACCCGUAGGAUCGCCGACGAAUCCGCCAACUCUCGCUGCCAAAAACCUCGUCGUUCAAACCAGCUUUCUUUGCGCGGCCCCGCAGUCCACAUCAGGCCCGUCAAACACGCGCGUCAAUCAGUGUAAACGCGCAAGUCUGCAACCCAAACAAUUACAGGCCAAAAUUCUCCCAAAAGCACACCAAGCUAUUCGACACAUGCUGGGUCAAUCUCACUCUACCCUAGCCCGCCAACCUAGCAAUUAUGCAAUAGGCAACGUCUCAGCUUCCUCCUCUUCCUCCCCUUCUUCCACUGCCAAGAUCCGGGCCAAGCCUGGGAUACAGGAAACUAUUGAACGUCCAGAAGAAGUUCUGAACGCAUUAAAAGAAUCGGAACAGGCUCGCCGAAGCGAGGAGCUUCGACUCCAUCUACUUCAGCGAGCACAUACGCCGCAAAUGCCGCCUGUGCUCGUCCAAAGGGAUUUUCCGGCCUCACCCUCCACACUGCGUUUCGAUCAGCUAAACAUCAGCGUGAAUCCAACCAUUCGGAGCGGCACGGUCCCGGAAGCAUCGCGGAAACCUCAACUGCCAAAUUUCAAAGGGGCUCGAGAUCCCAUGCACACUCCCGGUACGUAUUACGGACAUACAAAUCCAGCACACCAGCAACCGCAUCAGCAGAAGAAGAAGCGUGUCGCCCCAUCAAGUCCAGGGCAGGUCCAACGAAAACGUCAAAAGCCUACAGAUAUCUCUGCAGUUAAGCGAGCCCCAACCGGAAUUCUGGAUCUGCCUGUCGAGCUCAUAAAAAUGGUGUAUGGUAAUAUGGUGUCAUCUGAUGUUAACUGUCUCCGUCACACAUGUCGAAAGUUCUACCAUAUUUUCGAAAACGAGAAGAAAACAAUCCCCCUGACAGCAGAUUUCUCGUGGUUGCGCAGCAGUGUGAAAGAGCUGGAAUCUAUUGCCACCAAUCCAGCGGUCAGCAAACACGUUGUCAAGAUCAUCUUUGUGGACAUCGAACCCAUAUCCGGGAGAAUCUUACAGGAAAAACACCCCAAUCUCCCGGCUGAACACGUGAGAGGCUACAAUAUGGAGAAGUCCAGCAUAGUCUCGUAUCAUGAAAAGGCGGACACUUCGCAGCAUAUACGACGCAUUCUUAACAAGUUUAGAAAUCUUCGCUUACUGGAAUACCAUGCCGGGUAUCUCAGCCCUCCUUCACCAGCGUCGAAUACCGAGAUAACACUUCAGCAAGCACUCUCUCCCGAUUAUAUCAACGAGGCAAACCAGAAUAUGGCUUACCAGAAGCGUUUACGAGCAUGUGGCGGACGGUUAUUCCAGACCCCAACGCAUGACUGGGCGGAGGCAUCAAGACGCAAUUUCCACCGUAUGAUCAGCUACGUGCUUGAUAAUAGGCACAGAAGCGGCCCACUGGACGUGAAGAUCACCACUUCCCACUACUGUGGACUAGGAUCCGGCCCAAGGUGCAAGCAGCGUUUCGCUCCUCAUCGGGUGAAUGCAUUAAGGAGUCUGGAAAUCUGUUAUCGCGGUGAGUGGCUCCUCCCUGGUUCCCGAGACUGGUUCACCAUGGCCAACAGAGGCAACGGGACUCAAGCUCUUUCCCCCACCGGACCGCAAUUUGACGGCGUGGAAGAGCUCACAUUGGUUGGCAACCCCAAGGACGAGGAUCAUUUCAUGGUUUUGUCGCCCGACAGGAACCCGGAUCAGACUUUCAAAUUGUUGCUUCCGAACUUAAAGAAGCUGACCCUCGUUAAUGUAAUCAUCGAUGACGCAUUUAUGGACUGGGCAAGGGGCAGGCCUGUGGACAUCGUGCUCAGGAAUGCCGUUGUCAAGGGAGGCGGAAUGCGGGUGUUAAACGGGGAUUCAACCUUGCGUCACAUCAAGACCAUUGCUUGCGUCUCACGUACACAAGCAGCGCAAUCACAAAUGGAGCCCCUCGCUCGUGAACAAACACCGCCGAUAUCUCCGGAUGUGGCUCUCCAGCAGAUGGUAAGGGCCCGACAUGAGAAUAACAAGAGGAUGGUUAGCGGGCCUACGGAGGGAGUGCAGGCUGGAUGAACUCCGUCCUCCGUCGUAUGAUGGUCUGGGAAAGACGUGUUAUUGCUCCGACGGUGGGUGGUAUUCGAAAAUGGGAUAAAAAGUAUCCAGCGGGAAAGGGUAUGCAGUUCGAUUUGGGCACGGUAACGGGAG